AUGGUGAAUGCGGAGCGGAGAGGAAAAGCAACGGUGGAGUUGAAGCCCAUAUCCACUGUCAUGUCUUCUUUUCUAAAGAUCACGAAAGAUCGAGUUCCUGGAGCCAUUUAUGGAGGACGGUUCUAUUUCAGAGUUUAUGCUUCUCGUCAUGCUGGACAAAUGGGCAUCACUGUUUGGUAUACUUCAGGGUACAUCAAGAAUUUUCAGGUCUAUGAUCCACAUAGGGUGGGGAGGAUAACAGUUGAACUGCAAGGCAUGAUUAAUGAUUGUCGGGCACUCACUUACAGGCAGGAUAUCAAGGCAAGGGAUAUCGAAGGGUACAGAGUGCGAAUGCUUCCAACACAUCAGGUUUAUGAAUUAGCAAGGGGUUCUUCAGCUCCAAUUCUACAGCCAGAGUCCUCUGAGUUCAAGCUGGGGAAGGGCUAG